UUGGCUGGCAAACCAGAGGCCACCCCGUUCGGAUAGAUAGCCGCCCGCCUCCCCUCUCCCCACCACACGGCCACAACCCGACUCACCACCGCGCCUCUUCCUCCUCCCGCUCACCCACCCAUGGCGACGGCUAUGAUGGCUGCAGCCACCACCUCCUGCUCCCCGCCCCGAGCGCUCCUCAAGCCCGCGGCCUCCUCCAGCCCCGCGCCGCCGCCCAGGCCGCAGCCACGGUCCUUCCUCAAGCAGCUCCCGGGGCUCGCCGCGGCGGCGGCGGCGGCGGCCGUCGCCUACGUGCCUCUCCCGGCGCUGGCCGUGGAGAUGGAGAAGGCUGCGCUGUUCGACUUCAACCUGACGCUCCCGGCGAUCACGAUCGAGUUCCUGCUGCUGAUGGUGGCGCUGGACAAGCUCUACUUCUCGCCGCUGGGCAAGUUCAUGGACGAGCGGGACGCCAAGAUCCGCGCGGAGCUCGGCGGCGUCAAGGACGCCUCCGAGGAGGUGCGGCAGCUAGAGGAGCAGGCCCAGGCCAUUCUCAAGGCGGCUCGCGCGGAGAUCGCGGCGGCGCUCAACAAGAUGAAGAAGGAGACGACCACGGAGCUGGAGGCGAAGCUCGACGAGGGCCGCCGCCGCGUGGAGGCAGAGCUCGUGGAGGCGCUCGCGAGCCUCGAGGGGCAGAAGGAGGAGGCCAUCAAGGCGCUGGACGCGCAGAUCGUGUCGCUCAGCGACGAGAUCGUCAAGAAGGUGCUCCCAUCCGCGUGAAAACAUUAGUAGAUCACGCAGCGCGCAGCAGCCGGCGCAAUCCCCCGUUUCAUAGUAAAGAUUUCUAGUUCUUGAUGUGUAAUGUAUACGCCCACUGGGCUGCCUCCCCUAAGAAUGUAACUGAAUCAAACAUUCUGUGAUCGGGUAUAAAUGAAUGAUCCUUUUGUACA